CUCAGUAGACACGAGGCACUCGCCGGAGCAGCUCGACCCCGUAGACGCAGCACCUACGCAUAUACGCAUAUAGUAUAGCUAUACAUACGUGUGUUGUACAGGGGGGAGAGAGAGAGAGAGAGAGAAAGCUCGCAACAUGGCGGCGGCGCAGUGCUGCGGAUCAUCCAGCAGCAGCAGCAGCAGCAGCUCGGAGGAGUCGCCGCCGCGACGAGGAGGAGUAGCCGGGCGACCGAGGCCCUGAGCGGACGCGCGAGUGCUCGGAUCGAUGACGACGACGAUGAGACUGGCCAACGUGCGCUCUUGUUGUUGUUGUUGUUGUUGUGGUCGUUGUUACUUCGCGGAGAUUCCGAGGACGCUCGAGUAGUGCUGCGUACACUCACCACGUACCGCUACGAGGAGGCGAGAGGGAACUGCACCGGUUUUCAUGGGCGGACGGAGGCGCGAACGCAGGCUUCUGCUCCUGUCAACGUCGAGGCGGUCGAGGGGACGAAGAGUAGCGGCAGUAGUGUGGCCGGCAAGAUGCACCUGUACUUCGAGAGGAACGCCAAUGCCAAGUGCGACUGCAACAUUUUGUCGCUCAGCUGGAUGGGCAAGCUGCCGGACGAGCUGCAAGAGGACGAGAGCUGGAAGCUGUACCGGAGAAAGUACUACCAGGAGGGAUGGCUGGCGACGGGGAACGCGCGAGGCCUCGUCGGCGUGACCUUCACCACGUCGCACUGCCGGACGAGGGCGCCCGAACUCCCGCUCAGGGCUAACUACAACCUGCGCGGUCACAGGAGCGAGGUAAUACUCGUAAAGUGGAACGAGCCUUAUCAGAAGCUCGCCUCCUGCGACAGCACCGGCGUCAUUUUCGUCUGGAUCAAGUACGACGGCCGAUGGAGCAUCGAGCUUAUCAACGACAGAAGCACGCCGGUCACGCAUUUCUCCUGGUCUCACGAUGGACGCAUGGCCCUCAUAUGCUACAAGGACGGCUUCGUGCUGGUGGGCAGCGUGGCGGGCCAACGGUACUGGUCCUCCAUGUUGAACCACAAGGCGGUGAUAACGUGCGGCAUCUGGACACCGGACGACCAGCAGGUGUACUUCGGUACGACGGCCGGACAGCUCAUUGUCAUGGACGUGCACGGGGCUAUGGUUUCCGAGGUUCAACUCGGUGCUGGAGUGACGUCGAUGGCCUGGUCCGCGGAGAAGUUCAAGCUGGAAGAGGACGAGGACGAGGAUAACGAGGAGGACAAUCAGGAGGACGACGACCGGGAUGACGAGGACGAAGAUCAUCCCAAUACCGGCGGCGGUAACAGCAACGGCGCCUCCUCCGCUUCGGCCAACGCGCGUAACUACGUGCUGGCGGUAUGUCUGGCCGACGGCAACGUCGUGCUGCUGCGCUCCUUCGACGACGUCUCGCCCGUGACCAUAUGCACCGGUCUGAAGCCGCCGCUACACGCCGAGUGGAGCAACUCCAGGAAGGUCCUGGCCAUCGCCGGCAUCAAGGACCAGGAGCAGCAGUACCAAGGAGCUUCUGGCAAUGGAACGACUAGUUUGGAGUACACGAAUCUGCUCAAGUUUUACUCGGACGCCGGGACGCUCAUUUACACCAUUGCCAUACCUUAUACGCAGAGUCCGGUGACUGCGAUGACGUGGGGUCACAACGAUAGGAGGCUUUUCGUGGCCACCGGAGCGCACGUCCACGCCGCUUGGGUCUCCAGGGGUGUCGGCUCGCUGCAGUUGCUCUCGCGGCUGGCGCUGAAGGCCGCGCUGUCCAAGGAAUCGAGCGUGCAACAGCUGCCUCUACCGCCCCGACUCAAGGCCCUCGUCUCCGGACUCUUCGCCAGCACCAUUCGCUGCUGCAUCCCAGAGCCCCGCGAGCUGCGUCGCUUCGUUUCCCGGCCACCCCCCCUGGGUGGUCGACUGCACUGCACGAUGCUCCGCAAUCCAGGCGAGCCGCCGCACAGCUACACCCUCUACGUCGAGUAUCUGGGCGGUCUGGUGCCUCUGCUCAAAGGUCGUCGCACCAGCAAGAUCCGGCCCGAGUUCGUCAUUUUCGACCCCGAGACCGGCCACUGCAACGCCCAGAACGGCUACGAUUCCAGCUCGAAUCACUCGUUCGGCUCCGCCUCGCCCACCGCCAACGGUAACGUCACCACCACGACGAUGGCUCUGAGCAGCGAAAGGAUGCAGCCGUCCUGCAGCGACGACUCGGACAACGACAGGGAUAACGCGGUUGAGCUGUGCGGAGGCUCGCCGAGAUUCAGGAGGAAGAACAGGAAGAAGUGCAGGACCUUGUACGAGAGGAGAGGAAACUGCAACGGGGACGACGACGAUGCGAGCUACGUCGAUACUUUGCCCGAGAAUGCGAGGCUCGUCGAAGUUACCUCGAACAUUUGGGGCACGAAAUUCAAGUUCCACGGACUGGCAGACUCCGUCCCGGCGAAUCUCGGUCGCGUGACGUACCGACCUUCCCUACUGCAUCUGCAACCCAGACAGAUGACGCUCGUGAUCACGGAGCUCAGAGACGACCUACCAGCAGGUCCAGACCCGAGCUUCAAUCCGAACCUAUUCUCGGAGGACGAGGACGAGACGACCCAAUCCGAGAACGUGAACCCUCAGCAAGCACAACAAGCCCUCCCUCGAGGCUACCUACCCACAUCCCGCUACUGUAUGGAGCUGAACCAACAACUCCAGCACCAACAACAGCAACCACCGCCUAUCGCGCCAAUGACGCCUCGGGCUACGCGAGCCUCGAGCCGACCCAAGCAACAACCACCACCGCCUCCACCCAGUGCCGCCGAAGCUCGUACCGCAGGACCCGACGCCUUUGAUGACGAGUACUCGCCGUACGACUAUCACUUCGCCCAUCAGCAGCACCACAUGGAGCACUCGGUAAUGAACUAUUGCGAGACCGUCAGAGCCGGGGGGCAUCAUCAUCAUAGACCGACCUAUGCGCCCAGGUGCUGUGACGUGCCCGCGCCUCAGUCGCCGAAGAACGCGGUCGCACCCACGCAGACGCUCAUCGCUACGUCCAGUCCUGGUGCUACUCUGGGCGAAUACGCGAGUAACGUGCAGCGGAUGAAAACGGCCUUGGCCGACCAGCAAGCUAGCAACUUAGUCAUGAAGGAGCUCGUGUACGCGCUCGGUCCGUCCGGAGAGGACAAGUUUUCACUAAACGCCGGUGGACCACCGAAUCCUGGUUGCAUGCAGUCCUCCGCGCCACGAGCUUACGCUUUCGCUAAUGGCGCUGCGGCCGAGUGCAACAGCAUCCUCCAUUCAAGGAACAGUUUUAAUAACGCGUCGAGCAAACAGGGAAACACGUCUCCGGUAACUUCGGCUUCUGCUCUACUUACGAGAAAUGCAAGCACUGCUGGAGCUACUAAUACUGCUGCUGCUACUGGGGCCGUAACUAAUACCGCUGCUGCAGUUGCUGCUUCUAGUAGUAACGGAACGAGCGCGGCCAGCGAGGAGGAGGAACUAAGGAAUGACGUGCCUGCAUUGAAAAAUCAGUUUCAGUUUCAGGCAGUUCAUCGGACGCCGACGGUUGUAAGCAUAGGUCCGACUCAGGUCUCGGCUAACUCGAUAGUGCGCAGCUGUAGCGUUGGCUACCUUGAUCUCGUUGAUGCUCAGAUCGUGCCCUGUGACGUUGCACUCAAUAUGCUACGUAAGGAUGCCCCCAAUAAACGACUCUUCCUCAUCUCUAGAAAAAAUAAACGUAGAAGGCGUUGCAGUAAGGAUAACUCUGGAAAGGAGAACGGUAAUAGUAGCGUAGUGGUUCACCGAACGACGCGACCUCGACUAAGUGAUUGCGGCAAGUCGCGUAGCUUGGACUCGAGUGAACUCUUUCCCUCAACUGAACAGAUAAUAGGACUACCAGAGCACGUGGAAGAGGUAGCCUCGACAAGUACGCAAAUGGAGGAUGGUUGCACAGAAGCCGAGCAGAACGAAUUGAAUGUGCGAAAGGAAGCUUCGGACUCGCUCGAAUCGCAGAGAAUUAAGGAAACGAUCGAGGCUCUGUCAAGAGCUGCUCAAGAGCAGCAAAAAGAACAGUUGCCUAGUGUCAAGCCGGGGCCAUUCGAGCCAUCCUGUUUGUCGCCUAUCAAAGGAUCUAGUGUGAGUACGUCAGUAGCAUCAUCCCUCGACGGUUUAGCUUCGAGACUAGACGGUCUAGCUGUAAAACUCGGAGACUAUGAAGAUUGCCACUCACUUCCUCCACCAUCACCGCGCCCGACAACAAGGUUGCCGAGAAGUUCACCGAGUAGUCCUGCGCCUUCGAAGAAAGGCAAAAGGCCGGCCUCCGCUUCUCCGAUUAGAAGAAGACUAUUAUCGAGUCCAUUGUUAAACAGAAAGGCUCGAAAAAAUCGUAAUGAAAGUUCAGAUGAAGAAGGAUUAAUGGACGAUAUAUCUAAUUAUCGCGAUCUUGAGACGUUCCAGAAGGCUCAACUUCGACAAAAGUUAAGGCAAAGAGGAGGUAGUUUCGGCUAUGAAUCCGAGGCGACUAGACGAGAAAUAAUAAUGCACAAUAAGGCACCAAUGUGGAACGAAGCUAAUCAAGUUUACCAGUUAGACUUUGGUGGCAGAGUUACUCAAGAAAGCGCUAAAAACUUUCAAAUUGAGUUUAGGGGAAAUCAGGUUAUGCAAUUCGGGAGAAUACAAGGAAACGCUUAUACCCUAGACUUUCAGUAUCCUUUCAGCGCAAUCCAAGCCUUUGCUGUUGCUCUGGCAAGUGUUACGCAAAGGCUCAAGUAAAAAGUGUAAAUUUUGCAUUAAGCUUACAUAUGCAUACUCUGACAGAUAUACAUACAUACAAGUAUUUUUUUAAAUUAAAUGUGUACACAUAAAUCUUGUAUUAUCUGUCUUUUUGAGAAUUUCAGCAUGACACUGAGAGGAGCCGCGUUUCUAACUAAUUAAUUAGAUUUGUUUUAUUUUGUUAAUUAGACUCGUUUUGACGCUGCGAUAUUAUUCAUAACGAAGUAUUAGUUAUACUAUAUAUUAUAUGUAUCUUUAUAAUUAAGCAAUUUCUACAGUUCAUUCAAUACUAUUAGAUUUGUUAAAUUUUUAUAAAACAGUUAAUAACGGACUUAGUUUGGGACAAAUUGUUUAAAAAUUUUGUCGACUUAAUCAACCGGUUCUCUCAGUGUACACAGUUAAAAAUAAAAAAAACAAUGCACAUUUUUAUUGCUGCUUUUGAAAGAGAGUUGACAACAUAUUUUACUGUCAGGGUUUUGUUUUUUCACGAUAUAGUCAUAUAAGUAUUAUUGUACUUUAUGAUAUUUAUGAUAGCGUAUACUGGCUGAACGAGGCCUUGUCUAAACUCAUCGACAAAUUUGCAAAAUUAGGUAGUAACACGAUUUAUUUUUAUAUUUUAGUGGAUAUUGCAAAUCGAUCGUAUCGUUAAAUAGUCUAUUCCUUCAUUGUCACGAAAAGUGCGGAGUAAAAGCAGGUACAUCAAUAAAACUCAAGAAGAUUGACAUAGAAAAAAUAACUCUACACGAGUUUAUUUCAGCAUAAAAGUUGUGUGUUACUACCUAGUCGUAAACGAGAAUUUUUAUGCAAAGACGAAAACAAAACGUGAAUUGCGAGGCUCCGUUAACUAUAAUGAGAUACGAAAGCGAUGCAUGCGCGCAUUGCCUUGUGUAUAUAAAACGACGAUUUCAAAAUAACGGCGAAAAUGAGCGGAGUUCAAGGUUUCACACGAACCUUUCGUUGAGAUGCUUUGAUCCACGUAACCGUCCAAGACGUUUAAUUUGACCCCGUUUAAGCGUAUUAAGCGAACUAUCGGUAAGCGCCAAGCGAGAUAUAUAUUUGUAUAGUUUGUUAGCCCUUGACUUGAUACAUAAUAGUAUUAUUAUUGAUUAUAAUAGCGAAAUUUUCGUACUAAUAUAUAGGAUAUGUAUUGUAUUAUCUAUUUGUGAGCUCCACUCGUGCGCGAUUAAAGUUUUCGCUUUUACAUGCGGUUCAUACGAUAUGCCUACUUGUUAUAAUAUCUUGUGCGUGUACAUAUUUGGUAAAAAGUAAAAAAAUGGAAAAAAAACCAGGAAGAAUUAGGCGAUGGUAAGGAAAAGUAAACAAUGCGCGAGUGUGAGCAUUUUGGUUGUUCGAUGAACUUAGACUCUAUUCAACGCUGAAGCACGAGCUUCGUUGGGGAUAUCACUCACUUAAAAUUGUCUAAAACCAAUAUUUUUAAUUUUAAAGUAUGCAUAUAUUUUAUUGUAGCAUAAAGUACAAGAUGUUAUUUUUUAUUAACUGUCUCUCUGACUAAUAUUCUAAAGAAAGAUUAUAAUAUACGUAAUGAUGUACAACUAUGAUGAAUUAUGAAAGUUAACUGUUUCAUUCUUUGACAUAAACUUAAGAAAAAUAAAAAUUGGUUGCAGACCAUUUUAAGACGUCCCUAAUAUAAACCAUCCGGCCUGAACUGCUUGCUUCGAAAAAAUUAAAGGAAAAAAUAAAAGUAAACAUUACACUGAUCUAACCAAACUCAUACAAGCAAGAAUUUGAUGAUGAGCCUUAAAUCAGUUGUCAGCAGAAAUGACCUAAGGAUUUGAAUAAUAAAUUAAAACACUGCGAGUGUUUUCUCUGUUGAAGCGAGUUAUGAAAUUGUGGGAUAAAAAAUAUAAUGAGGCAUAUAUACGCAUAGACGAGUGGAACAAGAAGAAGCAGCAGCACGUUUUGUACGAAAGUAACUCAAGUUAACUAGUCUAUUAUAUCUAAGCGCUCUAAAUCCUUAAGCCUAAUUAGUGUUAUGUUUUUCUGUUUCAUUGUUAAUUGUUACGUUGUUCAUCAAUUCUGUUUAUCAUCGUUUAUCCCCGGAGUUCUGUGCAAUAUAGAAUUUUCAUAGAUAUUGCUUGAUUAAAACAAAGUAAGCAUAAAAUAAAAAUAAAAAUAAUGCAAAUAUGAUGUGGAUUUUCGUGACUGACGUAUUGUAUAUGUAAUAAACGUGUACGAUGUAUAUGGCAUCUAUAUGCGACUUUACAAGUUCUAUAAUCAAUUGUACCAUUGUUGUUUUUAUUACGGGAGGGCAUUGUUAUUUAUUUAGUUUUGCCGCAAGAAUAACGAAAAUUAUUCUAGAUAUAUGUGCAAUACAAUUUUGUUACUGAGUAUGCAUUUAACAAACGUCGACUAAUAUUUGUAAAUAAAAAAGUAAAAGAAAAAAAUCUGCUUUGACAUAUUUAUUCAUCAGACCUUACCUUCUGAUAUAAAUCACAUAUAAAGUAUUUUUAAAUAUUUAUAAAUAGAUUUAAAAAAUAUGUAAAUUUUACAAGUCUCAAUCAUAAUUAUUAUGAACUAGUAAAAAUUAUAAUAAAUCAAAAAAUUAAAUACCCAAUGUUAUUUUAACUAUACAAAUUUUGAAUUUUUAUAAUAUAACAAAAUGCGUGUACAAAUAUUUUACUAUUAAUAUUAGCAAAUAAAAAAAUCUUGAGGUAUACCCAUUCUCAACGAAAAUCCAAAAGUCGGCCAGUCUAACUGCCAUAAGUGGUCGAAUCUCGUUUCCAAGAAAAAAUGCCAAAAAAGCAACAAGAGGAAACACCUUAUACCUGAAAUAGAAAGAAUUAAAAAAAAAGUUAAUAUACAAUAUACAUAUUGCAAAUAAAUCAUCUAUUGUACUAUUUGUGGAUAGAUAUUGAACCUGUUCGCAAAAACACAUAAUUCGUUUCAACCAACUGCAUUAAACGUAUAUGCAUGUUAUAAACUGUAGUUUAAUCGUUUUCUAACUGCAAAAAUUAUAUUAGACAAUUUUAAAAGUUAGGAAUUAAUUCUACUUAUCAGUUGGUUGAAUACCAAUUUCAAAAUAAGACAUGUUUCUCGGGUAUGGGAGGUUUUAAGUAACCAUGAAAUAUAGUAAAAUAAAGAAACAUAUUACUAAUCUAAUGAACAAUAUUCGUUAUAAAAUUAAAAAUUUAGGCCCGUUACACGCAAAAAAGAAAGGGGAACAGAAACAGCUUGAACAUGGGUUUGUAUAUCUAUAUAAAUGAGAAAGAGCAAGUUGUUCCUGUUUCUCAUAAACAUAUACAUACAAACCCAUGUUUAAGCUGUUCGUGUUCUCUGUUCUUUUUUUGCCUAUAACAGGCCUUACACAUUAUAAUUUCAAAGAUUAGAAGAAUAUUAUUUUUUAGUUACUGAAAAAUUAAAAAAUAUUAAUUUAAAUUAUUAUAUUAUAGUUUAAAAUUUUCCGAAAACUUCCUGAAAUAGGAGAGUAGCAGAGGUGUUCUGACUGCCCAUUGCAGUAUAUGUUCCACCGAUGAUGAACUUUACCGACUGGUAAUUGAGGUUGGUUAGGAGUUGAGAUGAAUUAACACGAGAAAGCCUGUUGUAUUGUCCAAACCAUUAUAUAACAGUAUAGGUGUACUGAUUAGUUUGUGGCGGUUCCCAAUUUCCUGAUGAGACGUCUUGAUUGCCCCUAUAAAAUCAGUGACAUUUAAGAGAACCGUAUAAUAUAUAUUUGGAAAAUAAUUACCUGGAAGCGAUUAUGCUUAUAAUAUAUGUAUACAAUCUAAGAUAUUCAUACGCUCAUUACUUAAAAAGAAAAAGUUCUUAUACAAGAAACAAUUGAAACAGUUUAAAUUUAAAAAGUUGCUUCACUCCUCCAUUUUUAUUUCCUUAUAAAAUAUUAACUCACCAUUUACUGGGCGAAUACUAAUGACAACUACCUAGUUUGUCAAGUAUAUUUUAAGCAUUGUAUGCUUUUCAAGGGAUCUAUGAUAAGAUCGUUAGUAGAUUUGCAGUAUUGUCCAUCGUUGAGCAGUAAUUAUGUAGACUUAAUGUUGACCACCGCCGUCGUUACCUCGACCCAUGGCGAGGUAAGCAUUACCUUACUCAUUUUUGCUUAUUGCAAUUUACAUUUGUGUAAACUGUGUACCUGGAAAAUAAAAUAACAGUUGAGACAAGAAAAACUGGCGUUGCACAUCUUUCAAAAUCAGUUUACCAAUGACUUCUCCAUAGUCACGUAGUCCCGCGCCUUUGAAAAAGGUUUAACCCAACCGUGCUCCGUUAUUCUCCGAUCAGAAGAAGACCGCAAAUCAAGUCCUCUGCUGAAUAGGAAAGUACGCAAAGAUCGCAUUGAAUAUUUUGACUUCGACGGAUAAUUGGACUCAUUUACCGGGGUCUUGAGACUUGAGAUUUAGCAGCUUCAAAUAUAUCAGCAGUUUAAAAAAAAAAUGAAUAUCCGUUGAUUACGGCCACUUACGUUUUUUACACACGUUUCAAGACUGCAACAUUUGAUUGACUUUCUGUAUGUAAAUAGGCCAUAGCUUUUUUCUUACUAUUCUGCAUACACCUUUGGCUAUUUGUACUCAGAAUAAACAAGAUAUUUCUAAGAAAGUAACGCGAAAUAAACGAGCCUGUCCAGCACAAUUAACCAUUUGUAAAAGUAAAACUACACUGAAAAAUAUACUUUGCAUUUAACGUUUUGUUUUUUUAACACCUGACUUAAUCGCAAUGUUCAUCAUUCGAAUGCUUUUAUUUUACAAAUAAUUUCUUGUACAAUAAAAAAAAGUAAAAUACAAAUGUGUUACCCCGUGUUGUUUUUUUUUAAUUAAAAAAGAUUAAAAGAUAUUUGAUUAUAAAAAAUAUAAACUAUUUAUUUAUACACUUGCACUGUUGUGUACAUCAGCCAACAUUGAAUUUUUACAUAUUUAUAAAAGUGAACCUGAUUUUGGAAAUGCGUAUGUAUUUUGUAGACCAGUGUGCAAAUAUUGUUUAAUUCUAAUAACUUUCACUUUAGAAAACAUAUGUACAGAAGAAAAGUGAAAGUUCAACCAUGGAUUGUAGAUAACCUAUUUUAAUUAUAAGGCACGAAUGUGAAACAAACCCAAUCCAGAAUCAUAUUUUUAUUUAUUAUUUUCUUCAUUUCGCUGAGUUUUAAUGUCAAAAAAUAAUAUUUAAAAUUUUUAUUCAGCUAUAUGCCAACGGUUUUUUAUGAUUUGCAUGAAAAAGAAUUGUACAUGCAUUAAAACUCGUGAACUCUAAUUACCGAUUGACUUUCGUAAUAAAAAAAUGUAUUAUUAGCUAAAAGAAACAUUCAACAUUCAUAUCAUUCUCGUAUAGCUGCACACUGCUUCGUUACUAUUUUGUAACGAAUCGCACCAAAAUUUCAAGUAAACAUUACGCGAAUAAAUUCUUUAUUCAUACUUGUUUAAAAUAUUAUCUUUUGUAGAUAUCAGUUAAAUUAAACGACUUUUUUAACUUUUGCAAUCUACUGAGAGAAGUUAUUUAAAGUCAUUUAAACCGACAAAUUAAUUUUCAUUAAUUCUUUUAUAUCAUGCAAAAUGUUUAAAUGUAUUUAAUUUUGUACAUAUCGUAUGUACCAUUUGAAUUUUUAUUUGACCAAUUACUUCUUUCAGUAGUUAUUUUUUUGUGAGAAUUCUAAAAUAUACUCAAUUACAUACGAUUUUUCAUACCAUAAGGUUUUAUGGUUACAAUAUUGUAUUUUGUUGACUGAGACCUUGUCUAAAAUAGCCCAAAAGUGAAUUUAAUGCAUCAUAAUAACUUUUAUUCAUUAAAAAAAAGGUAUAAGAAAUUUCGAAACAUAAAUAAACAUGUAACCAUUCGGAGUAUAGUAUAUAUUAACAUAUAUAAAAUUUUUUAAAAGCCAUUUACAUAUCUUAGAAAUGAAACAAGCUUCGAAUUUCAUACAAUAAAUAUUCGAAUAGCAUAUAAUAGACAAAGUCUGAAUCAACAUUAGAAAUAGAAAUGAUUUCAGAAUUCAAUUAAAUCGAUAUUUGUUAGAAGUCAAAAUUUGAUCAUCCAUCAAAUUGAUCUUCUACCAAAUAAAACGGUACAUUUUCAGUACAAAUAAAAGCAUAUAUUGUACAAAAAAAAAUCAAGUAUGCUUCUUAAUGUUCUUUUUUUUCAUUCGACAUCUAAUAAAUGCGUAUAGUAUAUGGCACAAAAUAUGAUAUUAAAUAAUAUGAUCAUCCAUACUAUUAUUAAUUUAUCUUUACGUCAUCAUAGUCGAAACCACGUUUGCCGCGCAAAUAGUGAAAAAUUUUAUCUAUAUCAAGAAAUGGUACAUUCAGUUGAAAUCUGAUGUUUUUAAGAAUGACAGAAAAACAGAGCAAAAAGUUUGAAUACCUAUGAUCGCGAACUUUCGAUUCCUAUUUCAUUCACACAUUUUUAUGAAAACACAAUAUUUGUCUUUCUUUAAAGUGAGUCUUCCCUAGGUCUUCCUUAUUUGAGAAUUAAAUUAAAAUCUUUUGGUCCAUUUUUUCUACCAUUCUUAAAAAUACAAGAUUUCAAUCUAAUCGCGCCCAGAAGCUAAUAUUCGCAAAUAGAUACAGUUAAAAGAGAAAAAAAUACUAGCUUUACAUUACUAAUCAAGCUAGUGUUCGUAAUGACCGAAUUUAUUUCGAACGGAAAUGUACAUUCUAUAAACAAUAAGUUUAUAAUUUGAUAAUAGACUAUCUAGUUUACACGACUGCAUUAUUCGUACAAUCGUAUUUUAGUAAUAUAAGCUUUCCUCGCUAAAUUUUACACGUGUCCGAUUCAAGGAUCAUUUUUUCACACGCGCAAUAUGUAUACAUUAUAUUAAUUUUAUUGCAAAUAAAGUUAUUUUAUUUUAGAAAACUAAAAUCACUUAUUCUUUUCAAAAACUUUUAUUAGUUUGUAUUUACAUCUUUUUAUUAGACCUUUAUCUUUAUUAAAGCAAAUGAAUUUAUAUUACUUUUUGUUUAGCUAAUAUUUAAAUUAAAAAAAAAUGUUGACAUCCCUUAUGUUAAUUUUUAAUCAAUAAAUUAUUGAUUGGAAUAAAAAUUGUGUUUUCU